AUGCAAGACACGGUCCGUAACCGCGCGGCCACAUCAACUACACGUAAUACAAGCGAAUGUUGCGAGUGCUCGCUCGCAAUUGUGUCGGGCGUUCAAGCUGCAGAACAUGAAAACCGCGUUAGAGGUCCGUCCGCGGGGGGGGAAGAGGGGUCGCCGGGAGGGGAGGGGAGGGUGAGAGGGGCCGAGGGGGGUUCCAACCCAUUAGCGAGUCGGAUGGCAUUCCCGGAGAUCACGUAUGGAACUGGUUGGCCAGUGUUAAAUUACCGUCCGCGCCGACCGGGGACGGGCUCCUAA